UGUGCGGGUUAGGUGGGUUCGUCAAUCAAUUAUUGACGUUUCACAUCUACAGCCUACUAGUUCCUUCAUCAAAAUUUUGUAGACAUUUGUGCUAGGUACUAAUUUCGGAAAUGACACACCUCUUCAAAUCAGAAAAAGUACAAUAUCUUUGUACUUGUGGUUCUUUGAAACCCUUAUGUCGUACAUAUUUCUGUCGACAUUGCUUGGCCUUAAAGUGUGGGGAGUGCGUUUUUCAUGAGGUUGAUAUUCUAUACUGUUCAAACUGUUUGGAGAAUGUUCCACCUGGAGAAGCUCGUGUUAAAAAGAACCAGUGUAGUGAAUGCUUUGAAUGCCCAGUAUGUGAUCAGCUUCUCCUUACAAGAGCAACAAACAUCCAGAUUCCAAGUCCAGAAGAUCCAGCUAAAUUGGUGCCUAAAAAAAUGUUUUACCUUGUAUGUGGAUUUUGCCGUUGGACUACUAGGGAAGCAGGCUUACCUGAUCAACCAUCUGCAACGGGAAGCUGGCCUGAUUCUGACAAUGUCAACAGUGCAAGAGUUGGAGCACUUUUAGAGCAUUAUCGCAGUCUUGCACAGCUAGACAAAUUUGAAAAAGAACAAAAAAGACAAUUGAAACGACGUAGCAAUUACCUAAGCUUUACUGCGGAUAAGUACAGUCUUAGUGCUUUGGCAGCAAGAAAACGGAGUGGAUUACCUUUCGCAGGUUCUCUUGGAAUGAAAAAAGAAACGCCUCAGAUUUACAAAGUAGAACCUGCUGUAGCAACAGAGGAAACCGAUGAUGCCUUAGAUCCCGACAUUUUCACGAAAGUUCUGACAUUAUCUAAUGUGACGACUAUUGAUCAAAGGAUCCGGCAGCCAGAACGUCAGCCAGUUACAUCUGAAGAUCUGAUUCCGAUUCAUAAAUUUCUGUCAGUGAGGAGAUCCCAACGUUGUCGUUUCUGUGAACAUAAUCUCAGCAAGCCGGAAUAUAAUCCUAGUUCUAUCAAGUUCAAGAUUCAUCUUGGCGCUUUCUAUCAUGUGCCAGAUGUGAUUAUAUAUCGCCUAGCGCGCGAUGACAUGCAAUUGCGUCUUUGCAACCGUAGUCAAUAUCCAACCCACGUUCGAUUGCUGUCGCUUGACCAAUUUGCAUUGAUCGCUCAUUCAAAGAUUGAAGAACUGGAGCGCAGUUGUGGCGAGGCAGAGAAAGAAAAAAAAUCUGUCUCGUCAAUGGUUGGACAUGAACUCUGCGAAAGCCCUGCUACCCAAGCAGCCAAUUUAAAGAAUUGUUUAAGAAACGCUUUCAAAGAAAAAGUCAACGUUGUGCUUCAACUGCCGAAUGAACCAAUUCUCCUUCCUGCUAGGGACGACCUAGCAGAGUACGAGUUGACGGCACCGCAGAACUUGAAAGAGGAUCCAAAAGCCGUACUGUGGAGGAAAGGGAAUAAAGUCGUCAUUUCUGCUCCACUUACUGUCAUUGACGACGAAUUGGAAGAUAAGCGCACUGGUUUUGUGUUUGAAUUUGGAGCUGUUCGUGCUGGAUUUGAAACUAAAGAAGUCCAGCCACAGCCAACGAACGUCUAUAUCCCGGUUUUCAUCUCCCUGGGAAAAAUAUAAAAUCGGCAACGAGCCAUUAAAUGUGCUUAAUAUAAUUUAAAAAAAAGGGCGCACUAUUACUAUUCAAAGAUACUGGCAAAAGGGUGCACUUCUUCCUAAUAAAUUUAAAUACCAGA